CUCUGUGAAAACAACCAAACGCCCCACACUUCCCCUGCUGCCCUCGAGGUCAUGACCUUGACUGUAAAGUGAGAUGGAGGAUGAAUAUGAUACCGACACCAUCUCUGUCACCUCAACGGUGGAGAGCGAGAAGGAAGCAACUUAUGCUGUCAAAGACAUAUUGGCAGAAACAGUAUGUGAAGAUGGUAGCACGAAAUAUUUGGUCCAAUGGGAAGGCUAUCCUCUGCAUAGAUGUACAUGGGAGCCAGUAGAGCACUUUGAUGGGUCGACCAGCCUCCUUGAUGUCUGGGCGGCCCAGAUGCAAGGGCUUGAUGAUGAUGAGGUCAUCCAGCACAACGAGGAUAACAUUGCUCGCUUUGAGCUUGCAGUGGCGGCAGCUGAAGAAGCACACGAAAUGCGAAAGAAGAAGCGAGAAAAGAAGCGAAGGAAACUGAUAUCGGCGCAAAAGGCCAGCCGAAGAGCUCCAUUCGACGAGAGCAGCGAUGGCAAGGAUGACAUCCCGCUCGCGUCCCGAGUGAAAGGUAAACUUGAACAAGGGAGUCCUCUUUUCGUACAGGAGACGCAAAAGCCCCGCAGGCCACCAUUCGAACAGUCAUCGUCAUCAGAUGGUUCGGACACUGAAGACUCCCUUCUCGAAGAGCUAAGAGCCGACCAACAGCAGAGGAGGAGCUCGGUGAACGAUCCGUCUCUGAUGAGUUCACGCAAUUUAUUAAAUUCAAAGGAAAUGCUCCUGUCUAGCAAGCCUGCCCGACUGGUCAUCCAAGAGAAGAAAACCGAGACUAAGGUCAAUGAACAGCAGCAAUCCGAAGACACCCUCACCGCAGCCCCUAACGCUACUGCAUCGCAGGUCCAAACUAAGAAAGUUGCUCCAAGUGGAUCAAGCAGACCUCUUCAAGUUGGCAUACCCGCUACUUCUGCCACCAGCCCUCCCAGUGCUUCAGCUGGGCGGAGAGCUAGCAAUCCCGCCAAUUCGGCUACACUAAGCGCUACUACUUUAUCCACGGCAGGAACAGCAGCAAGGAUAGGUGAUCCGUCUGGAGCUAAAGACGCCGUGACGGUUACUGCAAAGGGGAAUCCUGCCCCCAUCAUGAUGAGGAGAAGUGCACCAAGUGCAAUUAGAAUGAUCAACGCGCCCAGUACGAACAAGCGAAGGGGGUGGGAAAACCCAAAUACCCAAUUUUACACAAAGAUGCAUUUUCGAAGGAAAGCGGAACUCCGAGGGCGUAAUGAGAAGAUUCCCGACCUCUCGGUCCUUCAGUUCGUAAAUGGCUCUUCUGUCAAGCAGCCCAAGCAGGAUAAAAAUCGAGAUGAUGCUGGCGAAAAUCCCUAUGGCCGUCGUGAAACUGGACGUCGCCGCAUUCAGGAUGACGAAGAGCGAGCCAACUCGGCCCCCCCAGAAUGGGAAGCCAGCAAAAUCCCUUUGACUUGCUGUGAGUGGAGAAAUGGCAGUUGCCCUUACUCAGCAGAAAAGUGUAGGUUUCUGCAUCGAGAUGGUUAUAAACUGUCCCCUUGGGAUGGAAGUGUUCCACCAAAGUACCGGAAACCUCCACUGACGUGCUGGUGGUGGAUGCGGGAUCCCAGAGGAUGCGCCAACUCACCAGAUGAGUGCUUGUUUGCGCACUAUAAUACAGGAUUGCUAGGAAAUCGUGACCUCAAGCCGCCAUAUCCAAUCGACAAAGCAGAAAGGCCUGUAUUCGAACAAUCACUUGCGCAAUACUCCAAGACCAUACAACAUCCAGCAGGUCCAACUUCUAAGAACAAAAAAGAUAUCACAUGCUCUUUUUGGAAUCAAGGGCAUUGCCGGAAAUCAGAACAAGAGUGUGCGUUUGCCCACCGACAUACUGGUCAGAUAGGCUCUGCUAUCACUUGCGAGUUUUGGAGGAAAGGCCAGUGCCGGCAUCCACGGGAUCACCUACCGUUCGUGCAUCGUUUUCAGGAAAAUUUGCCGUGGCCAGUUGAAGCAGAUAUGCCUGAUGCUGCGACUGAGCUUCCGUUUAGCCCUGUCAGUUCUAAUGUCUUGGGCCCUCCGACCAACAAUAAACCUGUGCAAGUCUCCAAAACAGCAGCGACGAAGCCCACACCUUCGGGUCCAGCACUAGCUUCAAGAAGUCUCCAGAAUCAAGAAAACUUAGCAUGCAUUGACUUGAAACAUGCAAUCGAGGAAGCUUGCAAAGUUGAUUUCAAGGACAUGUUUGUCGACAACGAAGGAAAUGCUCUUGACCGAAGAGCAUUCCUUGUGUUCCAUCCGGAGGAUAAUAAAAUGGAACUCGAACUCAUCACCCGAUGGUUGCUUAUGCACCACGUCGAAGUCUGCAGCAUCUGGAAGGAGGGGGCGUGGGAUUACUUCAAGCAGCAAAUAAUGAACGGAGGUACGGGCGUCAUCAUUAGGCACCCAGAUUUCCAUCAUUUUUGGAAAAUACCUGACUUCCGUGAGAUCCUUGAGCGAAAGGUUCGCAUUUGGUCUGUUGGACGGCAACGGGCUCUCGAGUAUGAUCCUGAGGUGUGCGAGGUAGAGGUUCCAGAUCGAUAUGAUCGCAUCGAGAUCUUUCCACAUGGAGGAGUCAUCUACAUCACCGACGAUGUGUUCAUCAAGCAACCUAAGAAGGCUCUCCGGAUCAUAGAACUAUUCUUCAACAAAAUCAACGCUUGUCGACAGGUCAAUAGUCCGCCUGAUGAAUGGAGGCUCCCCAAGGAUGGAAUGCUGCUUUGGCGCCUUGCAACCAGGCCCGAAUUGAUGGAAGCCAUCUACGAAUGGACGUCCCCGAAUCGGGAGAAUCUUGACCCUACAAGUCUUGCCCAGUGGAGCCGUAAACUCUACAGCCUCCUCGGCAACUCAGGCUACAUCCCCGAGGACCAAGUCGAUGCCUCCUACUAUGCUAACCUACCCGAGGAUUAUUUCCCCAUAUUGUCACUCUCAGGCCCUUGGAAACCAGACUACUACUCCGCUCUCCUACGCAGCCAGGAAGAAGCGAACGACAACAUGAUCGAGUUCUAUGCGCAGUGGAUGAUCGACCAUGCACGCGACUACCGCCAUUUCUUUGUCGUACAUCCCGAGCCUGAGAGGACGGAUUGGGAGGCAAAAUGGGCUCAUUUAGAUGAGGUUAUCACCCCGGACGAGUGUAUUGAGUAUUUCUCGAUGCCUCCGAAGGGAGCGAGGUUCGAUUUCUUCGAGUGGAGUUUCUCGAGGAAGAUUCAGGCAGGGGAAGGGGAUAUUGUUUGAGAAGGAAUGAAUGCAUGGGUGGGUUUAUGGCUUUAGCAUGUGUUAGAUACCCCAUAGUUCUAGAAGUCGUUCAAAGGUGAAUUCAGGAUCCAUUUUCCCAUCUCUUACCCAUCCCCCAUAUUGUAAAUUCCCCCCUUUAAUUAGGUAGAUAAUUUCAG